AUGUACACGAUAAUAGAGCACGCUGAAAAGUGGACGAAAUAUUGUCACUUGAGCAGUGUUGUGAAGAAGGGUGUCGUUCUCUCUGUUCUUUCAAAACGAACCGAACUCCAUCUUUUUCGACUUUAUUACAAUGAAGUUGAUACUAAGCACAUUCGGGAAGAGCUUAAGCUUCGAGAGGAGCAAAUUGAAAAGGAGAACUCGCACAGGCAAAAUCUCGAGGAGGAGAUCAGGGAGAAGAGGCGUGAGCUAGGCAAAUUACACCGGGACCAAGCUGGUAUAGAGCAAGAUAUUAAAAAAUGCCUUCGUCUAAAUCUCUUCCCAAGAAAAUCUUUGGAAAACGCCAGACAACUGCAUAGUAGCCACCGUCAAGAAAUGGACCAACUGAGUGCAGAGUAUGCUCGAAUCCUUGAACUUAAGGAGGAGUACGAGAGGCAGCAAAACAAGAAAAGUCAGGAGCAAGGUCGCUCGCUUGAAUUAGAAGAUUCUCAGUUGGCGGAAUAUCACAGACUAAAACAGAAGGUCGCUGAGCAUACAUCACACCUCUCUGCACAGCUCGAUAGCCUUAGUAGGGAGUAUGACGAACAAAAGGACCUCUCUGACGGUUUGGAGCGGCGGAAAGAGGAGAUUGAGAACUCACUACGUCUCAAACAAACAGAGAUGAAUGACAAUCAGAAACGUUUACAGAAACUUACCGAGUUUAUAGAAUCAAGCCACCGCUCUAUCGCGGAGCUGACCGAAACGGAAAAAUCGAUCAGUGAGGAGGUUGAAAUGGCGGCUCGGCGAAUUGAGGAAAUAAAUGCGGAGCUGGAGUCAGUCAUCUGUCAGAUUGGUGAGGCCAAGGUCGAAAGACAUGAAUCCUCUCGAGCGGCAAAAAAGCAAGAACUGAUUGAAAACCUAAAACGCCUUUUUGCUGGCGUGGUAAGCAAGCAAUGUUAUAAUCGUCGAAAUUCUCAUUUUUUUCUAUUUACUUUCGUCACUUGCCAAAAGCAUGGUCGCCUCAUGGAGAUGUGUCAGCCUUCUCAUCGACGCUACCAGAUUGCUAUUACUAAAGUCCUCGGAAAGUACAUGGAUGGCAUCGUUUGCGACAGUGAGAAAACUGCCAAGGAUUGUAUCCAGUACAUGAAAGACCAGCGCAUUGAGCCGGAGACUUUCCUGCCACUGGAUUUCCUUGACGUGAAACCAGUUGAUGAGAAAUUGCGGGAAAUCAACGACCCACCAAAUGUUCAUCUUGUCAUCGAUGUCAUCACAUGUGACCCGGUGAUUGCUAAGAAAGCUCUCCAAUUCGCCUGCGGCAAUGCACUUGUCUGCGAGACCGUCGAACACGCCCGAUAUGUGGCCUAUAGCAUGGGCGAGAGGAAAAAGGUAAUAUUCUAUUGCGUCGAAUAA